CUGUGUGUAAGGGUGUGAGGUAGAUGCACAUAUUUACAGUGGAUGUAUACAUGAUCGUAUACAUUUAACACUGGUUGUAUUUGUCGCAUGUGUGUUAUAGUGGAAUACAUGAGUGUAAAUGAAAAGCAGUUUUUUAUCCAUCAGGGCUGUCUGCUCUUUCGAUAGGCAUCCUCCGAGGGCACCGCUACAUAAAGAUAUUAAAGACCUGGGCUGAAGCUCAAACUUACUGUAGAGAGAAGUUCAUUGACCUUGCAACUAUAAACAAUCAAGAUGACAACGACAGGCUGCAGAGGGUGUUGAAGGACUCUGGAACAUUUGCUUGGAUAGGGCUUCAAGAUGAGAUCAGAUGGAAGUGGGUUCUGGGAAAUACAGACUUUAACAUUAAUACAGAUUUUAGCAACUGGAAAUGAUCUGAGCUUAACAAUGUGGGAUCCAAGCAGAACUGCUGUGUGGUUAAUACAUUUUCACGUCUUUAGUUUAGAAUGUUCUCGAUGACCGAGUUAGAGAUUACACGCUCAAUUUCACCAUCUUGAUUUGUUUUUAUUUCCACACCCUCUUUUCUAUAAGCAGAACAAAUGUAAUGUCAUUGGGUUUGCAUAAUAGUUUUAGAGGAGGAGAGCAGAAACUCAAAGAAGGUUUGAGAUGUGUCAGAACAAACAUGCCUUUGCUUGAAAGAAAAGCUUGAACUUUGCAAGGAUGAACAAGACACUACUGUUUGUCCUGAUUCUCUCAGGGCUGUCUGCUCUUUCGACAAGCAUCCUCCGAGGGCACCGCUACAUAAAGAUAUUAAAGACCUGGGCUGAAGCUCAAACUUACUGUAGAGAGAAGUUCAUUGACCUUGCAACUAUAAACAAUCAAGAUGACAACGACAGGCUGCAGAGGGUGUUGAAGGACCCUGGAACAUUUGCAUGGAUAGGGCUUCAAGAUGAUAAGACCAGAUGGAAGUGGACAAUGGGAAAUGCAGACUUCAACAAUAAUACAGAUUUUAGCAACUGGAAAUUAUUUGAACCUAACAAUGUGGGAUCCAAGCAGAACUGCUGUCAAGUUACUGCAUUGAUGGAAUGGUUUGAUUUUUUUUGUACCGAUCUACGUGCUUCAAUCUGUUAUGAUGCACAAGAUCCUUCUAAAUACAUUUCAGUGGACACUUUCAUGACUUGGUAUGACGCUAAGACAUACUGUAGGGCCAAACACACAGACCUCCUGACAGUGUGGAACAAGUCUGUGAAUGAUCUAAUUGCCACACUACCAGAAAGAAGACACUGGAUAGGUCUCCACAGACAGCCCUGGGCCUACUGGUCUGACAAGAUCCCCACAACCUUCACUAACUGGGACUCCGGCCAGCCCGACAACGAAGGGUCAACAGAAUCAUGUACUGCAGUCGACACAACCACAGGAAAGUGGCUGGAUAUGGACUGUGAGAAAAAGUACUAUUUUGUCUGUCAAGAUGAAAUUCAGCACCAAACAACGUUGAAGUUAAAGUUCCAGUCUGAAACGGACCUGAAUGAUCCUGCUGUCCAGCAACAGAUUUUGGAGCAGCUGCAGACUCACAUGGCUGAACAUGAGUUACCACACGUUAAACUCCGCUGGAUUGAGAAGGAUGAGCAGACUUUUCACAAGCAACAAAAGAUGAUGAAAGAAGAAGAGCCGGUGUCUGAUCCGUCAUUGUGCGAAGGACGUCCUGAACAUCCUAAAACCUGACACUCUUCCAUGAAGUGCUAAUUUAACACAAUAGUUAAAGUUUGUUCUGUUAUUUAAGAUGUUCAUUUGCCUGUUUGCAAUUUUAAAAAAAAAUGUUGCACCGUAUAGUGAUAGUGGUUUAAAAUGAGUUUGAGAAAUAUAAACACGUCACACUUAAAUGUUUGAUGAAAAUCUUUCAAUGAUGGGCGUUUAUCUUUUCUGGCUUUGAAAUGUGUGGUCCUGUUAAUGAUGAACGUCAUAGUUAACAAUCAGAAUUUCUCACAAUGUGUUAUAUGUUUGUAACAAAGGCCUGGUUUGUGUAAGUGUGUGGUACUUUAUUUAUGCCGUUCUUCUGUUUAUAAUUGUGAUCAACAAGA